AUGCGUCUUACACUUGCUACUCUGGUGGCUGGCCUCUUCAGCUCAGUCGCCUUCUCAUCACCCACCUCACAUCCCGGCGCGUCCAAAGUUAAGACACGACAGCUCAUCCAAGUCCCCAACGUCUGGAUCGAAAACUUUGCCGUGCGUUCCAAUGGAGAACUACUUCUAAAUACCUUCAACGAUGGCAGAUUGUACUCCUUCAAUCCCUCCAAAUCACCUCCCACGGCCCGCGAGCUUCUCAAGCUCGAAGGCGUCAACGCACUCACGGGAAUCACCGAGGUCGGCAAGGACGUCUUUGUCAUUGCCGGGGCCAAUAUCGAUCAGGCCACCGUUUCUUUCGAAGAGGGAUCUCAGAAAGUGGCGCUCGUCGACUUCCGAAAGAGCAAUUAUGGCAGCCCUUCAGUUCGGGUGAUUCUUGAAGACCAAGAUACUACAUUCCUCAAUGGCUUGACUACGCUGCCUCGCCACAAGCACAUCAUUCUCGGUGCAGCCUCUAAAACCGGAGAAGUUUGGCGCAUUGAUACCAGGACGGGCGCAACCAAACUUGCUUUCAAAGACGAACUACUGGGCACUGUUCCGUCGGGGCCGUUUCCUCUUGGUAUCAACGGCCUCAAAAUCUUCAAGAACUACCUCUACUUCACCAAUACCGCUCGCCAAUCCUUCGGGAGAGUCAAGAUUGAUGAAUUUGGAAACAAGAAGGGCGACGUUCAAGUCAUCGCUCAAGCACCGGCUGGCUCAGCGAUUUCACCUGACGACUUUUCACUGGACAAAUUUGGCAACGCAUUCGUUACUUUCCACCCCAACCUGCUAUUUAAGAUUACUCCAGAUGGGAAACAAACCGUCCUUGUCAACGGUACACUUGCCGGGCCAACUAGUGCCGCCUUUAGCAAGGAUGGUCGAAGCCUGUACGUUGUCACGGGCGGCCAGGGAGUGGAAGAGAUUACGGGCGGGCAAGUCGUCAAAGUCAGCCUAUAA